CCAACCUAAAAUUACUCGCUAGUCAUCGUCCAUCACUGCCGACGUUCCUACUGGUCCCUCAUUUUCACUUUCUUUUACAGAUGUUUUCCGCACAUUUAUUGCUUGUAUGUUUGCUCCCAUUGCUCAUAUCUCCUGGUGAUAUUUCCCCGACACACUGGGAUUACUUGAUGUUAUCACUUCGGUGGCCAGCAACUCUUUGCAACUUCACUGAGUGCUCCGUCAUCCGACAACCAGUCGAUUUUCUCAUACACGGACUGUGGCCCACUCGAGAACCAGACAUUGAGCCCGAGAAAUGUGAUCCCGCACCACCGUUUGAUAUAGAUCUACUGAAGCCGUUAUUAGAAGAACUGAAUAUGUAUUGGCCCAAUUUGUUUCCGGGAGCGGACGCUCACCAAUUCUGGCACCAUGAAUGGCAUGAUCACGGUCGAUGUGCAAUGGAGGACAGCCUGAUGGCAAAUGUGGCUGAUUAUUUCCGUGUUUCGUUGGAUCUAAGGAGGAAGGUGGACUUGUUAAAUGUCCUCGAAUUGGGUGGAAUCAAGCCGAGCAACGACACAGUCUUGCAGAUUGAAGAUGUGCAUCGAAAGCUGAAGGAAUUGCUCAGUGUUCAGACACAGCUGUAUUGUUUGAAGCGUCACCACAAGAACCCUCAUCUUUUUGAAGUGCGCAUCUGUUUCAAGCCCGACCUCACCCUGACCGAUUGUAUGGGACAUACACAAUGUCUUGCCUCCUCCACAGGUGACACCGAUGUAUGUGCCAGUAACCCUCGAGACCAGGUUGGCGGCUCACUGGGUGCUGCACAAGGCUAUUCCGCAAUGCCGUGUCCCCCCGGGCCAGUUGUCUUUCCCUCCUUGUAGAACAUUGUGUACCUGGCAGCAACUUGUUUAUUCCCUGCCAUGGCCUCCCUCCUAUUGUCGAAAUGUUCUCCCCAUUAUCAUUCUAUUUUUAGAUGCACCCUUUCUGUCUACCGAUUGCUGUAUCUUUAAUGCUCUGCAUGUACUUUUUCCCCGACUUUCGUAAAAUGUUCUCCUGGUAUAUCAAAUUCUUUACUUGCAU